GCUCUCAGUUGCCGGCAAACUAUCGACGUGUUGUAUUGUGGUAACGCCGUGUGCUGCGCAGCCCGCCGUGUGUAUCGUUGUAGUCGUCGUCGUUAUCGUCGUGUUGUCGUGUGCCGUGUCCUCUCUCGCAGGACCCUCUCCUCUCGCUCGUCCCACAGCCACCCGCGAGCACCCACCCGUGUACACCACCCUGUCCGCACGCUGCCCCUGACCGUCACGUCCGUGCGUCUCCGGUAGCCGUCCCAAAGUCGUGUUUCCAGUGAGCUUUCUGGUGCUUUUUUUAUUUUUUAUUUUUUUAAACCGCAUAUAUAGAUCCUGUCGAUCGGGAUCGCGCAAGCGCGGCCCUUCCGAAGGGAUAAUAUCCUCGUGCGGAGAAAUAACGUCUUCGGCGCACCGCCACCACCGACGACACCACAUCUACCUCCACCACCGCCACUACACACACCUUAUCCGACGAAUUCACCGCCUCCACCGGCCGGCCGGCCAACACGUGGUCUCAGGCGCACGUGCACCGCCGCCGAGACAUGACGUGGACGUUUAUCGUUGUCUGUGCAACGCUGUGCAGGUUCAGUGCAGCCGUCGAUGAAUUAGCAGAUGAAAAAUUUGUGCCAGACGAACAUGAUCUUCAAACCGCCAUUAAAGUUCCUUUUGAGGACCCGCAGUUGUACUUUGAUAGCGGGGAGGAUGGUUUUCCAGCCUUUGGCAUUAAACCAGGAUCUGAUAUAAAAUCACCGUAUCGAUUAUUCCUGCCUGAGAAAUUGUACUCUGAAUUUUCCAUCGUGGUUAAUUUCAAACUCAAUUCUAUGGAUGGUGGUUUUCUAUUUGCUGUUGUCAAUCCUUUAGAAAACGUGGUGCAGCUGGGCUUGCAGGUCGUACCAUCGUCGUCCAACGCGAUGAAUGUGAGUUUCCUGUAUACGGACGUGAACAAAUACUCAUCGUCGUCGAACGUCUUAGCCACGUUUUCAGUUCCUUGGAAAAUUCGGAAAUACAUCCGACUGAGUUUGAAGGUGACCAGAGAGUACGUGCGGUUGUUCGGUAGGUGUUUGGAACCACAGACCGUGAUGGUAGUCAGGGAUCCGGUGGAAUUGUUGUUCGACUCAGCGUCUACGUUAUACAUUGGCCAGGCAGGGCCGCUGAUCAAAGGACCGUUCGACGGGGCCAUACAAGAAAUGAAAAUCUAUUCAUCGCCAGAUUUCGCCGAUAUCCAGUGCACUGAGCUUUUGCAGCCAGACGAUGACAAGGAACCAGAAAAUCCUGAAGACCUGACUAACGGCGGUUACUCGGAUAGACCACCUGCCCCUCCACCACCGCCGCCAUCAAACGAAAACCAUGGCUAUCAGACACCCAACAUCAAAGGGGAUAAAGGCGAUGCUGGUCAAAAGGGAGAGUCGAUCAGAGGACCACCCGGACCACCUGGACCUCCGGGAUCGCCGUUUUCCGGGGACUUUGCCACCGAUGAAGAACUCGUCAAGUCCGGAGUAUCUGGACCAAGGGGUCCGCCAGGCAUAUGCAGUUGUAACCUCACCACGUUAUUUGCACCCGGCAAAAUACCAGAAUUAAUACAAGGACCACCGGGCAAUCCAGGAACUGAUGGAAAAAUGGGAAUGACAGGACUCCCGGGUGCCGUAGGGUUGCCAGGAGAACGAGGACUAGAAGGCAUAAAAGGGGAUAAAGGUGAAAGGGGAGAUGUCGGUCCACGAGGAAACGAAGGCAUUCAAGGCCCCAAAGGUGAUUCUGGAAUUGAUGGAGAGCGCGGUUUACAAGGACCACCGGGUCCACCCGGUCCUCCUGGUGGAUCAGACUUUUCAAACAAUGAUCCUAGCUGGAAACCAAGACCUAUUUACAAGGACAUCGGGUUUGAGUCAAAUGUUGGGAGGCCUGGUCCCCCGGGUCCUAAAGGCGAUCCGGGUGUUGAUGGCGCUCCGGGCUUAAAAGGUGCAAAAGGAAUUCAAGGCAAUAAAGGAGUUCGUGGUGAGAUGGGAAGCAAAGGAAUCAAAGGCGAUAAGGGCCAUGCUGGAUCUAUUGGACCACAAGGUUUUAAAGGAGAACGAGGAAUACGUGGUUUUGACGGAACCCCAGGAGUGCCAGGAGAAAAUGCUCGUCCAGCACCCAAAGGCGAAAAAGGCGAUAGUGGACCACCCGGACCGCCCGGUCCACCUGGACUAACGCAAACUGGAGUAAAAAUUGAUAAAACGGAUACAGCAGUUGUGAAAACAGUCAAAGGUGAUAAAGGCACAAAAGGUGAUCAUGGGGAAAAGGGAGCCGUUGGUAAUCUGGGCCCAGGAGGAAACCCUGGUCCACCUGGUUUGACAGGUCCCAAAGGUGAACGAGGAGAACCCGGUUUACCAGCACCCUUAAUAUCUACGACCGAUCUAGGAAUGAUCAAAGGAGAUAAAGGUGAAAUGGGAAGACGAGGCAGACGCGGAAAACCAGGUCCUACAGGUCCACCUGGCCCACCUGGAGAUAUUGGUUUGCCUGGUUUAAGAGGCACACCGGGUAAAGCAGGAGGUCAAAAAGGGGAAAAAGGAGAUCGGGGAGAAUCUGUUAAAGGCGAUAAAGGGGAACCAGGAAAAGACGGGUUACCAGGUUCGGGUGGAACAUACGUGCCUGUACCAGGACCAGCAGGCCCACCAGGCCCACCAGGUAUUCCUGGUGUUGCAAUCGAAGGGCAAAAAGGUGAACCUGGUGAUCCAGGUUUUUCUUCAGCACCUCUCAGAAGUGAAAUAAAUGAACAUAUUAUUGUACCUGGCGCUCUUACAUUCCCGAACAAGAAAUCAAUGAUAAACGUAACAGAUAGAACUCAGAUGGGUACCAUUGCAUUCAUCAUCGAAGAAGAAGCUCUUUUAGUACGUGUCACGCGUGGCUGGCAGUACAUUUCCCUUGGUUCAUUGAUUACAACUGGAAUCGAUCCGGCUCCAACAAGCGUUCCAAUGCCAACAAGAGUGCCAUUAGAAUCAUCGAAUUUAGUACAUAACCAUCCAGUAAAAGAUAACACAAUGUGGCAUCCUAAAAUGUUAAGAAUAGCAGCGUUGAACGAACCAUAUACAGGUAAUAUGCACGGCGUUCAGAGCGUGGACUAUUCGUGUUAUCGUCAGUCUCAGAGAGCGGGACUUCACGGAGCAUUCAAAGCGUUCCUGUCUUCGAGGCUUAAUAAUUUGAAAACGAGUCACGAGUCCGAUAGAGAUUUGCCCGUAGUCAACAUCAAAGGAGAUGUGCUAUUCAACUCUUGGAAAGAUAUUUUCAGUGAAAACGGAGCGUUUAUAUCACAACAGCCCAGGAUAUACAGUUUUAGUGGAAAGAAUGUGCUCACCGAUUUCACGUGGCCUCAGAAGACCAUCUGGCAUGGAUCAGAUAUUUCUGGCGACAGUGCCGUUGACGGAAAUUGCGAUGCGUGGAACUCGGAGAGCGCCGACAAACGAGGACUGGGCUCGUCGUUGAUGCAAAAUGCCGAUCGGCAGGCAAAACUCCUGGAUCAGGAUUCUGCUUACGAUUGCCGCAACUUUUUUAUCGUCCUUUGCGUGGAAAUAACACCUCACUCGGGUGCGAUGUUUUCAAGGAAACGGCGCAGCGGCGUCGGAGGUCUGCACGACGAACCGCAACUACCGAUGAGCCGUCAAGAGUACGAGAAAUUCAUCGAGAACAUCCGAGCUUAAAUACCGACCACAAACAUCCGUCUCGUCGGCUGUCUUUUAUUAUUAUUAUUAUUAUUUCUAUUAUUUCGACUUUAUUCUUUAGUGUACGACGACACCUCCAAUUUCUUGUCCAAUUUCAUUUUUUAAAACAUAACUUUGCUGUACACUAUACUAACAGGUGAAACAACAUGACAUACGAUAUAAUCAUUAUCAUUACUAUUGAUUGUCGUUGUUUGAUGUGUCUUUCAUUCCUCAUUCAUUUUUAUUAAGUAACAAUAUUUUUUAACAUUCGCAUAUCAUUCAAUAAUCUUGCCAUAUCUGACUAAACAAAUUGAUAUUAUUAUUUCGAGUUUCCAGAAACUACAACAAUGGUUCGCUUAAAAAAUAUCAUCAUUACACAUAAUAUUAUAAAAAUAGCAUUAUUACCAUCAAAUUUACACAUAUCUCGUUAUUUUACUAAUAUGUUGUGGAUUUUAUAAACGAUAUUUUUUCGAAAUGUUUUAUUUCGAUUUUUUCAAAACACACGCAUUUUUUGUUUUUAUUUGUUUAUAUUAUAUAGUAAAUAGUAUUGUUAAUAAGUAAGUUAAUGUUUUAGUAUUACAAGUGUAUAUUCAUUUUUAAUGAAAAUUCAAAAUUUUAUAGUUUUUCAUAAAUUACUAAUACUGAUAGGCAAACAACAAUAUCAUUUUAAUAGUUUUAAAAUAUACCUUAUUUUGAUUAAACAAACUUAUUAUUUUGCUAUCAAAAAAUUUACCAAUAACAUCAUUAAAUUGUCAAUCAUAUAAUAAAUAUCGAUUUUUUGGUAAAUUUCUAAUUUUGUCAUAAUUAAUAACCAUUUGCAUUUACCCGAAUAUAUCAUUAUUAGUUUGAACAUUUAGUAUAUCAUUGUAAAUUAUUUUACAUUUAUGUGUUCAUGUAAUAAUAUUGUAUAUUUAUUUUAAAUAUUAAAUCAUUUUAUACUAUAUAUGCAUGCAUGAGAUUUGUGUAAACAUAAAUCAUAAUCGUAUAUAUUAUAACAUAUAAUAUAUUGAUUUUAUAAAGCAUUUUGUACAUUGUAUAUAUAGUUUUAAAUCAAUUAAUUUUAUAAAUAAAAACGUAUAUACUAAGGUAUUAGUUUGUAUAAUGUUAGAAUUAGUAUAACCUAUUAAAAAGUAUGAAAUGAAAUGUAGUUAGAAAUUAAAUCCGUGUCAUCGAUUAAAAUAUUAACUGAGAAAUCAAAAACUGGUUUGUGUAUAAAUAUUUUUAACAUAAAUUUAUACUUAACCUAUAUUUUAUUAUUUUAAUAUUCAAACAUUCAAACAGAGUACGAACAAUAGCAAAAUAUGUUUUUGUGUAAUGAUAAAUAUACAUUGCUGUGUUUUACAUAAAAAAAUUAAUAAAUCAUUAAACUGAAUUAUUUUCUAUAAUUCUAUAAAUAAAUAUAAUAUAUAUAAAUUAUAUAUAUUUAAUCGAUGAACAUUUUUUUUUAUUAUAAUAGACAUAGAAUAGUAGGUAUAUUGUAAUAUUUUAUUUGAUGUCUCGUACGACUGCAGUAGAAAUAAAAAUUCUUUAUAUAUUUAUUCAAAAAUAGAGUUAAUUUUAUAAAAAAUUACUUUAUUUAAGUUAAGCUAGGUGAUAUAAUUAUUAUAAAAUGUUUCGAAUAGUAUUAUUUAUUACCUAGUUCCAGCACAAAUAAAUAAAUACAAUUUGGAAGACAUUAUUUUACUUUGGUUAUAACCUGUAAGUAAUAAGAUAAAUUAAGAAUAUUUUUUAAAAUUAUUUAAAUUACAUUAUAAGAAACAUAUACAAUAAGGUAAAACAAAAUAAGAGUAAAAUAUUUAAUAUCUUAGUUAAAGACUAAUGUGAAACAUUCACUGAAAUUAUAAUAUAUGUAAUAGAUACCUAUAUGAUUGUAUUAACUUACAAAUAAGUUUGUUUUUAAUAUAACUAUAGAGUACCUAAAUAAUUACAAUAAAUACAAAUUAUUACUGUUA